AUGCCAUUCCCACUUGCUCUCUUCAAUAUGGAUUUCCCUCCGGAAAUUGAAACGGGUCCAAUUCCGGAUCACAUCAUCGAUCCAGAAAUGAGAGCUUGCCUUGGCGAGAUCAAUAAGUAUUCCGCCGAGAUAAAGUUUGCUAAAGAUUUUGCAAGAACCUGUCGGCAAGAGUACCAGGAAUACAUUAUCCAACACAAGAAUCUCUCGCAUCUCCUUGAUCCAGACCAACUGACUGAGAAUGAGAGCUUGCUCGAGUCAAAAAAGAGGAAGGCAUUAUACGCGCAGACUUAUUCAUCUUCGACGAAUUUACAUUCGGGAACCUACCUUCAAAGAGCUAUUGAGCGAUUGCAACGUCUGGAAAAUAGAGCCGCUACAGCUGCUGCAUUCUCUCAACAACAAGCGAUGGACACCACCGCAUCAAACACGAACAAUGGACAACGAGGAGGGCAAGAAGUCAAGAAGUGA